UCUCUCUCUCUCUCUCCAAGCAGCAGCAGCGCACGCCGUAUUGUCUUUUUGCCACUUGCGGCGGAAGCGGAAGCGCCACUCUCUCCCUCCUCCUCCCAUCCCCCACCACGCUGGCGGUGCGGUUGAUCCGCCAACAGCGGGCGCCUCCUCCUCGCCCCCGAACCACCCCGCCCAUGGGCGCCCGUUCCUGAGCCCCCCCUCCCUUCCCGGCGCAUCUCCCAGGGGGAAUAUACCUUGCUUCGGUCGCUUCCCCUCUCUUUUGCUUCGUCCUGCCUCCUUCCUCCGUGAUCCCUGAACCCGGUCGUCGCCGCCGCCGCCGCCGCCUCUGUGGAUCUUGAUUGGCCCUGCGGGGGGUGCUCAGUGAUCACGGUUGAGAGGCUUAUUUGCACCAUGUCCUACACGCACUGUUUGAGGAAAUAUCCAGUAAGAGCCGUCUUUCCAUAUACUAAUGCCAUCCUCCGAGCUUCUUUGGAGAAAGGAUCCCCACAAAAGUCACUGACAGAUUACAACAGUAUGCUCCGUUUUACUGCUUUCUGCCCUGAUUACAGAACAUAUGUGCUCCUUCUCAAGGCUUGUGCGAAAUGUUCGAAUCUCUAUGCUGCGAUGGAGAUCCAUUCACGGAUUGUUAAACUUGGACUGCUGUCUAAUCAAAGUAUAACAACUCAUCUCUUCAAAUUAUACAUUGAUCAUGAUCGCAUGACGGAAGCAUGCAAACUGUUUUGGCUAACGGUUGAGUGGAAUGCCGACCCCUUUUAUGGUAACUUGAUGCUCACAGGAUUCUUGAAGUGUGGGCAGAUAGACAAGGCAUAUCAGAUUUUCAAGAGAAUGCCUGUCAAGGAUUUGGUCUCAUGGAAUUCAAUGAUUGCAGGUGCAGCAAGGAACUCGUACUUGAAAGAUGCAAUGAAUAUUUUCAGCAAGUUGGUCAAUUCAGGUCUUGUGCCUGAUGGCUUCUCAUUCUCCUCAGUUCUAUCAGCUUGUGCUCAAGCUGGUGCCCGCUGUUAUGGUGUGUGGGUUCAUCAGCUAAUGGCUGAACUGGGGUUGGAAAUGAAUCAUAUUUUAAGUUCAGCACUUGUUGAUAUGUACGCAAAAUGUGGAAGAAUUGAUGUGGCCAUUGGGAUAUUCAAGACAAUUAAGAGAAACCAUGUCUCUGUAUGGAACACAAUGAUUGGUGGCCUGGCAGCACAUGGUCUUGGAUCUGAUGCAGUAUUGUUCUUCUUUGAGAUGGAAAGUGAAGGUCUUGUUCCUGAUGGGGUUACAUUUGUUGCACUCUUGACAGCAUGCAGCCAUUGCGGCAUGGUUGAAGAGGCUCGCCGAUACUUUCAAGUAAUGACUACAAAGUAUUGUAUCACUCCGAAGAUUGAACAUUAUGGUGCAAUGGUGGAUACUUUAUCACGAGCUGGGCUACUGGAUGAAGCAUAUGACUUGGUAAAGUCAAUGAAUGUGAAAUCUGAUACUGUGAUAUGGAGGGCAUUACUCAGUGCGUGUUGCAGGUACCGGCAAACUAAGCUAGGUGAGAUCACCAUCAAGGAGAUAGCUUGCCAGGGCAGUGGUGACUAUACCCUUCUUUCAAGUAUCUACUCGUCUGCGAAUAGAUGGGAAGAUUCAGAGGAGGUAUGGAAAGAGAGGAAGAAAAAGAGAAUUAGGAAAAGCAAGGGCUUGAGUUGGGUUGAGAUAAGGGGAAGCACCCAUGAAUUUAAAGCUGGUGACCGAUCUCAUCCUGACACUGAUGGUAUUUACCAAGUGUUGCAUCGGUUAUCAAAAAAGGCCAAGAGUGUAGGGUAUACUCCAUUGACUGAACUAGUGUUGAAAGAUGUCUCUGAGGAGGAAAGAGAAGAAAACCUUACCGCCCACAGUGAGAAGCUAGCGGUGGCAUAUUGUAUCCUUAAGACAGUCCCAGGAACAGAGAUAAUGGUGUCAAAGAAUCUGCAGACUUGCACUGAUUGUCAUGAAUGGAUGAAGAUAGUCUCAAAGGUACUUUCUCGUGUUAUAAUUAUGAGGGAUAGAGUUCGAUUUCACCGGUUUGAAGGAGGAUGCUGCUCCUGUAAAGAUUAUUGUUACACUGUUUGGGCAAUGUCUUUAUAUUCUAUUUUCUGUGGGAACUUCCAUCUACUAAGGAAUUCAAUAGGAAAUAGUUGUUGUAGCAGAUUUCUUAAAUAUGGAUUAAUCUAUAGAGCUGUACUUCAGAACGGAGGAAAUAAAACUCGACUAAUCAGUACGAUAGUAUGCACAAGAAAAGAAAGUAAGCAGUCAUUCAGCAAUAGCCGUCAUUUGCAUGGUGAAUCAGUUGAGUCAUCGAUCGAAGUGCUCAAGCAAUCAGAUCUUCAGCACCUUAAAUCACUUCAAUGCUAUGAUGGUCAGGAAAAGGUUUCUGGAGUGAAGGCUGAUUGGCCUGCAACCAUCCUUGUUUUUGAUAUUGAAACUACAGGUUUCUCACGCCGCCAUGAUAGAAUCAUUGAAAUUGCUGUUCGUGAUCUUAUGGGAGGAAAAAAUAGCACUAUACAGACACUCAUAAAUCCGGAUAAAGAUAUAAAAAAUGCAUAUGUUCAUGGUAUUAGCAGCAGCAUGGUCAGCAAACCAGAUAUACCAAGAUUUGGGGAAUUUAUCCCUAUCCUAUUACAGUAUGUUUGGAGUCGUCAAAUGGCUGAUAAACCAGUUAUGUGGGUCGCUCAUAAUGGGCGUACCUUUGAUGUACCAUUUCUCAUGUAUGAAUUCCAACGAUGUAAAAUAGAGAUCCCUGGCGAUUGGCUAUUUGUAGAUACACUUCCUAUUGCAAAACAGUUGGUUGAUUCUGAUGGGUUCAAACUCAAGUCUGCAUCUUUAGACAGUCUGAGGGAGCACUACAAGAUCCCAUUGGUAGGGAGUGCUCACCGAGCAAUGCAGGAUGUGACCACCCUCUGCUAUGUGCUCCAGAAGUUGACCUUCGAGCUGAAACUAACCGUCCCCCAGCUCCUUGAGAAGUCAUUCCGAAUUUCCGAUAUUCCAACCCCUCGCUCUGAAAAAUAACUCCAGUUGCCUGGCCGGAAGGAUCACCUGAAACCUGGAUUAUUUCAUUGUAUUCCAGAGCUGUUAUUUAAGAUUCCAGCUCAUAUGUUGUUCCAACGACAGAAUAAGUCAGGCCUGAUUGUUACCAUGAUGUUAAUCAUUUUUAGUUUAGUACUGAUACUUUGCCCCUCUUCACAAGUCUGAAUCAUUAAUUAGACGUACAUUUAUUCAAAGAUGUAAGGAGACAUGGCCUGGUUUCCAAACAGGAAGAAAUGAAACAUUCUUGACUAUC